CGCCGCGUAGUCGAGGUUGUGAGGUUUCGGCCUGCUCUCGCCGAGCCAUACGGAACCGCACGCAGAAGCGAGUGCAGAUGACACCGCGACGGUCGUACCGCAACGCCGUCCUUGUUCCAGACGCCUCGGCGAUGAUGCUGUUGCUACUGCUAACGGCCGCCGUGGGCCUGUCCGCAGCUUCUGCUGCGGCUAGCGCUUCGGGAGCGCUAACCAAUGGCACCUCAGGCGCCACUGGAAAUCGGGUGGAUGGCGGUGGCGGCGUCGAAAAACCGAGGCGUGGUGUCAUCGUGUGCUACUACCAGACGUGGGCCCACUAUCGGCCCUCGUCCGUGAAUUACGACAUCGAGGACAUACCCACGCAUCUUUGCACCCAUCUCGUGUACUCCUUCGUCGGACUUGACAACUCCACCUGGAAGGUCACUCACGUCGACGAGGAGUUCGACCUUGGAAAGGACGGGCUGAACCGGUUCGUGUCUCUAAAACGACGUCACCCGCACCUGAAGACCUUGCUGGCUGUGGGCGGAGGGGUCGAGGGUGGCAAGAAGUACUCAGAUAUGGUGGACACCCGCUCCCGUCGAAAGGUGUUCGUGCAAAGCGCCCUCGAGUGGGUCCUGAAGUACGGCUUCGAUGGUUUCGACCUCGACUGGGAGUACCCGGGCGCCUGCGACCUACAGGGAAAAUUCUCCGACAAGGACAACUUUGUUAAACUCGUCAAGGAAAUGAGGGUCGUGUUCGACGAGCACAAACUCCUCAUCACAUGCGCCGUUCCCGUGGCCAAGUUCCGUCUCGACGAAGGCUACGAGGUCGAGCAGCUUGGCCGCCUGCUGGACUACAUUCACGUGAUGACGUACGAUCUACGAGGCUACUGGAAGGGCUUUGCUGACGUGCACAGCCCGCUCUUUAAGCGCCCAUUUGACAAGGGGUGGUACGAGAAGCUGAACGUGCACGACAGCCUACGCCUGUGGGCGGAUCGCGGUGCCCCGCGCCACAAGCUGAUCGUAGGCGUCCCUCUCUACGGCCGUACCUACACCCUGCACAACCGGGAUAACCACGGGCUUCGGGCGCCCGUCAAAAAGGGGCUGAACGGAGGGCCAUUGGGCCGCUUCACUCAGGUGACCGGCCUGCAGGCGUACUUCGAGCUGUGCGAGAAUAUUCUCAAGGACGGCUGGACGCGUGAAUGGGACGACAUUGGAAAGUGCCCGUACGCCUACAAGGACAACCAGUGGGUCGGCUACGAGGACGAGAAGAGCAUCGCAAUCAAGAUGGACUACAUCAAGAAAGAAGGCUAUGGCGGCGCCAUGGUCUGGGCCGUGGACAUGGAUGACUACCGGGGCGACUGCAGCGAUGGUCGCCGGAACCCACUGAUGACGAUCAUACACGAAGCCAUCGGCGGAUACCGUGUGCUGGCACCCGAGCAAGUCACAACGGAAGCGCGCGUCAAAGGCAGAGCCUGGAAGUCCACGACCACGAGUACGAUCGUCCACCCGAGACCUCGACCUCCGCCAGAAAACACGCCCGAGUGCACGGACUACUCGUGGCAUUUCUGUCCACACGAGGCGGACCCCGCUCGAAGUGCGCAGGCCAGGUCUCAAAUUCAACCGAACUCCGAGGACCGCUCAACGACGAAGAAGGGAAAAAAGAAGAUUCUUGCUGCAGACGCGUUUGAUGUCAAGGACCACCGUUGUGUGGUCGUCGACCCGUGCGACCGUGGCGUCCGACUCAAGCUCUACUGGCUUCUUCACGGAGUACCCGACGAAGAAGUUCGUACUGCUUUGUCACCUUUUGGAAAAGUGACUGAAAUCACCAGGGACAAGUGGCGGGUUCAAGGAUGCGUUGACAAAGGGUCAACCACCCGUUCCGUGAUACUGAAGCUGAAGGCUGGCGUCACCACUGAAGACUUGCCCCACCAGCUGCGAGUAGCGGAAGAUGUCGCGCUCGUGCACGUCCCAGGCAGAGCUCCUCUCUGCCUCCGAUGCCGGGGCAUCGGGCACAUACGACGCGAGUGCCGCGUACCACGCUGCGGGCUUUGUCGUCGUUACGGCCACGACGAGACUCAGUGCGUGCGAACCUACGCAACAGUGACAGGCCCGGCAUUGAAAGAGGACGCGACUGAUCACCUGAUGGACGUGGUAGACGCAGUGGAAGCCGCUGGUGAAGGGAGUGAUGUCCAGCCCUCAGUGUUGACGCCUCUGAAGAAGGCAACACCUGCUGACGAGGCCAAGCCAUCGGACGGCGGGAAAGACCCAUGGGAUGACACGGCAGAGCCAAAUUCCUCGGUUGAGAUCGAGGAUAAAGACGCCAAGGAAACUUGCACCUUAGCAGAAGCGACGACCGGGGAAACGCAGGACACUUACGACACCGUGAUGCCUGCGUCUUGCAGUGCGCCUGCUAAGAGGCUUCAUGAGGAGACGGAUGAGCAGGAAGAAAAGGAUCAAGAGAAAGGGUGUAGUGACGAGCCUCCACCGAAGGCUCCACCCGGACGCCGACCGGCGUUCAAGCCCAAGCCCGGCAAAAAGUGCCGCCCAGGUGGGGAAAGAAAAAGACAGCGCCCCGCAGUUGGCGCUCCACUCGUUUCGGCCUCUACUCGCCGAACCGGGCGGCCCCGCACGCAACACCCAGCGCAAAUGACACCGCGACGGUCGUCGUACCGCGACGUCGUCCUUGUUCCAGAGGCCCCGGCGAUGAUGCUGUUGCUACUGCUAACGACCGCCGUGGGCCUGUCCGCAGCUUCUGUUGCGGCUAGCGCGUCGGGAGCUCUAACCAAUGGCACUUCAGGUGCCUCUGGAAAUCGGCUGGACGACGGUGGUGGUGUCGAAAAACCGAAGCGUGGUGUCGUCGUGUGCUACUACCAGACGUGGGCUUACAAUCGGCCCUCGCCCAUGACUUACGACAUCGAGGACAUACCCACGGACCUUUGCACCCAUCUCGUGUACUCCUUCGUCGGACUUGACAACUCCACCUGGAAGGUCACUCACGUCGACGAGGAGUUCGACCUCGGAAAGGAUGGCCUGAGCCGGUUCGUGUCUCUAAAACGACGUCACCCGCACCUGAAGACCUUGCUGGCUGUGGGCGGAUGGGCCGAGGGCGGCAAGAAGUACUCAGACAUGGUGGGCACACGAUCCCGCAGAAAGGUGUUCGUGCAGAGCGCCCUCGAGUGGGUCCUCAAGUACGGCUUCGAUGGUUUCGACCUCGACUGGGAGUACCCGGGCGCCAGCGACCGACAGGGAAAGUUCUCCGACAAGGACAACUUCCUCAAACUCGUCAAGGAAAUGAGGCCCGUGUUCGACGAGCACAAACUCCUCAUCACGUGUGCCGUUCCCGUGGCUAAGUUCCGUCUGGAUGAAGGCUACGAGGUCGAGCAGCUUGGAAGGCUGCUGGACCACAUUCACGUGAUGUCGUACGAUCUACGAGGGAACUGGGCAGGCUUCGCGGACGUGCACAGUCCGCUCUUUAAGCGCCCAUUUGACCAGUGGUCCUACGAGAAGCUGAACGUGCAUGACGGCCUACGCCUGUGGGCCGAUCGCGGCGCCCCGCGCCACAAGCUGAUCGUAGGCGUCCCGCUCUACGGCCGUACCUACACCCUGGGCAGCCAGGAUAAUCACGGACUCCGCGCACCCGUCAAGAAGUGGCUCAACGGAGGGACACCGGGCCGCUUCACUAACGAGACUGGCUUCCAGGCGUACUUCGAGGUGUGCGAGAAUGUUCUCAAGAACGGCUGGACGCGCGAAUGGGACGACAUGGGAAAGUGCCCGUACGCUUACAAGGACAACCAGUGGGUCGGCUACGAGGACGAGAAGAGCAUCGCAAUCAAGAUGGAGUACAUCAAGAAAGAAGGCUACGGUGGCGCCAUGGUCUGGGCAGUGGACAUGGACGACUACCGGGGCGACUGCAGCGAAGGUCGCCGGAACCCGUUGAUGACGAUCAUACACGAAGCCAUCAGCGGAUACCGUGUGCCGGCUCCCGAGCAAGUCACAACGGACGCGCGCGUCAGAGGCGGAGCCUCCACGUCCACGACCACGAGUACGACCGUGAAGCCGAGACCUCGACCUCCACCAGGAAGCACGCCCGACUGCUCGGACUACUCGUGGCAAUUUUAUCCGCACGAGACGGAGUGCUCUAAGUACUACCAGUGUAGUCACGGGAAGCCUAUGCUGCGCAGCUGCAUCCGUGGUACCGUUUGGGACAUCGACCGUAACAUCUGCAACUGGCCGCAGAACGCCAAUCGCGAGGAGUGCGUGUCUGCAAAGGACGAGGAGGAAGACGACGAGGACGACCGGAUUAAAUGACGAAGGAACGUGUGGGGUGCUUUCCUAUCUCCUGUAUAUGACGACGGUUUCUCCGCUACGAGUGCCCGUAUUACGUCUACCUAAAUCAAAGAGAACAUGUGAUCUUGAAGUAUAUUUUCCUGAAAUGUUUAUUUUUCUGGACGUUUUGAGCCAUUACCACUGUGUGAUAUGGUGCGCCUGGCGCCUGUCGCUUGGAGCAUGACGCAGGCACUACAAUUCCUGGCUGUUUACGAACAGGCCGAUGAAAAGAUUAAGAGCACGAUUCAUCCUGUAAGGUUGAAGCUUUGCUCAAGUGCCUCAGUGUGAGUGGUUACAAUGCUUAAAAAAACAAUGCAAUAAACACUCCUGUUUUCAC